GACUGGGUGAGGUAAGAGAGGGGGUGUGUACACUCUGCAGCUCCACCAACACCGGCUCAGAGUCAUGAAGCAGAACGAGAGAACAGAGAGAGAGAGAGAGAAAGAGACACACUGAGAAAGAGAAAGACUGAAGACCUACUGAGUUUCAUCAAAGCUAUGGACCAAACAACAUGUGGAUGGAUCUUCUCUUGGACGUACCAUCUUCACAGAUUCUUGAGGGCUUUUUAUAGCCAUCAAUUCGGGUUCUUGAGGGCUCCUGAGACUUUCUGAAGCUUAAUUGUUUUGUAAUAAAGAGGGAAAAGAGAGAAGGCUUCUUAAAGUCACGUUGAGAGACACUUUGGAGACAUUGGGGACUUUUGGUGACUUUAAACACUUUGGAGACUUUGGAGACUUUAGAGAUGUUGGGGACUUUGGAGACUUCAGUUAACUUUAGAAGAGGCUCCAAAUAAAGAGAAAAAAGAGAAAAGGCUUCUUAAAGUCACGUUGAGGAACAUUUUGGAGACUUUGUUGACUUUGGAGACAUUAGGGACUUUGGAGACUUCUCUUAACUUAGGAAGAGUCUAUAAAGCAGUCUAAAGAGUCUCCAAAUAAAGAGAUAAAAGAGGCUUCUUAAAGUCACGUUGAGGAACCUUUUGAAGACUUUGGGGACUUUGGAAGCGUCUCCAAAGCAGAGCGAUGGACAACGGCAUCACCUGGUACCGAGGUGCCACAGUGGAGCCAGAAGGUGGGAGCCCAGAGGUCAGCGCCCUCAUGUUUGUCGCUGGCGUUCUAGGCAACGUUCUGGCAUUAGUCGUUCUGGAGCUUCGGAGAAGACGGCGGCACUGCACCUUGUUUCGGGUUCUAGUCACGGCACUUGUGGUGACCGACCUGGCUGGUACUUGCAUGAUCAGCCCGUUGGUUCAGGUGGCUCACGCUCUGAACACUUCGCUAGUGGGCAUGGGGGGCAUGAAGAACAAUGGAACAGGUCCAGUUUGUGCCUACUUUGGCUUCACUAUGACUUUCUUCAGCUUGAGUACUCUUGCGUUGCUGCUGGCCAUGACCCUGGAGCGUUGCAUAGCCAUCGCCUGGCCCUACCAGUACGGGCGACGGGUGAACAUCCGGUACGGUCUGGUUGCUGUGCCCACCGUCUACGCACUGUCUGCAGCUUUCUGCGCCCUGCCCUUCGCUGGUUUCGGCGGUUACGUGCAGUACCAACCGGGGACGUGGUGCUUCAUCAACAUGAACCCGCAAGACCACGAGCACGAGGACAAGGUGUUCGCCAACGUCUACGCCACGCUCAUGCUGGCCAUGGUGCUGAUGGUGGUGGCGUGCAACUGCUUGGUGGCGUACCACCUGGUGCUGAUGUACCGCCGGCGUUCCGGGACCAGGGGGUGCACCGUGGUUUGUGGGAAGAAGGACAGGAGGCACUACUCCUUGGCGGAGGAAGUGGAGCACCUCAUCCUGCUGGUCUUCAUGACCGUCAUAUUCGUCAUAUGUUCCCUACCGCUCAUGAUCCGAGUUUACAUCAACUCCACCGAUAAGAUGAAGAAGAACCACAAGGCGGAUCUGGAUGCUCUUCGCUACAUGUCUGUAAACUCCAUCAUCGACCCCUGGGCCUUCAUCAUCCUCAGCCCGUCGGUGCUGCGCUUCUUCUGGGGGGCGCUGUGCAAGGCCAGCAACCGGGGCGCCUCCUACAGGACCUCUCUGGCCAAGGGCUCAGGACGUCCGCUGGAGCUGUGUCAGAAUAACGCCAUAUCCACGGACAUCACCCACUUUAACAAGUCUGCGCAGAUGUUAUGACCCUCUGAGCCUCUGGAAGAGCGGUCCAGAUAAUAAACUCUGAUCCAGACCCUGAUCUUCACCUCCGAGAGACUCCCACAUUCUCCUCCAUGCUGAAUUAAGACGUCCUCUGCACUGCUGUACAGCAAGGAAGGGGAUCUGCGGUGUUUGUUUUCAGAGAGCUAAUUUAGAAUCCCCCCAGAGCCGGCUCGUUUUGAUUGGCGGAGAGAUAUGAACUCUGGGGGUCCUCGAGGUCAAGCGAUGUUUAUGUUCCUCAGAACUACUAAAGUCAAUGUUUUUGGGAGCGAGAGCAUGCUGACCUCUGAAGGAUUUGUGAAAAAAAGUCUUUACUGAACUCACGCAACCUGAGGAGCAUUGCAGAUGCAUGUUUGGAGGACGACAUGUAGGAAGAACACCUUUGAGAUGCUCUGAGAAGUUUUGAGAAAGCUUUGAGGAGUUCUAAGAACUUUGCGAAGCUUUGAAAAAAAAUUAAAAGUGUUGAAAAACUUUGAGAAAAAGUUGAGAAGUGUUGAGAAGCUUCCAGAAGUUCUGAGAAAGCUCUGAUAAGCUCUAAGAAAUCUCUGAGAAGCUUUAAGGAGCUUUGAGCAGCUCUGAGAAGCUUUGUGAAGCUUUGAGAUGUUCUGAUAAGUUAUGAGAUGCUCUGAGAAGCUCUGAGAAGUUCUAAGAAGCUCUGAGAAGUUCUGAGAAAGCUUUGAGAAGUUCUGAGAAAUUCUGAGAAAGCUCUGAGAAGAUUUGAGAAGUUCUAAGAAAGCUUUGAGAAGCUCUGGAAAAUCUGGUUUGUUCUGAGAAGCUUUGAGAAGUUCUGAUGAAGCUUCUAGAAGCUCUGAUAUGUUUUAACAAGCUUUGAGAAGCUAUGAGAAGCCCUGAAAAGCAGUGAAAAGCUCUGAGACGUUCUGAGAAAGCUUUGUGAAACUUUCAGAAUGCUCUGAGAAGCUUGGAGGAGCUUUCAGAAGCAAAUGUUUUUGAGAAGCUCUGAGAUGUUCUGAGAAGCUCUGAGAAGUUCUGAGAAAGCUGUGAUUAGCUUUAAGAAGUGUUAAAAAGCUUUGAGAAACUUUGAGAUGCUUUGAGAGGUUCUGAGAAGAGUUGAGAAGCUAUGAGAAGCUUUAAGAAAUUCUGGGACGUUCUGAGAAGCUUUAAGAAGCUCUGAAAAGUUCUGAGAAGCUCUGAGAUGUUCUGAGAAGCAUUAAGAAGCUCAGAGAAAGCUCUGAGAAGCUUUAAGCAGCUCGGAUGAGCUUUGAGAAGCUCAGAGAAAGCUCUAAGAUGCUCUGGAAAGUUCUGAGAAAGCUCUGAGAAGCUCUGAGAAGCACUGACAAAGCUUAAGGACACUUAAGGGAUCAACAGAUAUAUGCUACAGCGCACAAACUAUAAUUGGUGUGUGUUGGGAUUCAAUGACACCAGUAAUGUAGCAGUAAUGUGGACCAAAUAAAUUCACACUGGCUUCUUUUCCACUGCAGGGCCAAACUGUUCUAAGCAGGGUGUGUAGAUGAGAUGCUAACAAUGUUGGACAAGACCACCAGCCACCAUGGGUGCGUUUCCCAAAACAUCCUUAAGGCUAAAAACUUUGUAACUUCAUUUUAUAAACUGCAUUUAUGUGUACUUUUUCGCUAUUAUUCUUUAUUACUGAGAGGUUUUAAAUAUAUAUACUUAAAUAUAUAUAUUUUUACUGUUAUGUUUACUGUAAUAUUGCUAUAAAUCAUGUUCAUAAAUUGUCCAUAUAAUGGGCUUUUCGUUAAAUAAUUUAAUUCACAUAAAACAUCAGAUUUUUCUUAAUGAGAGUGUCAGAGAUGAUCAGACAUAUGUAUCUAUUACAUUUAUUAAAUUCAUUUUAUUUGUGUUUAUAUACAGUUUUGAAAAAAAAAAUAAGAGAGCACUUAAAAAUGAUGAGUUUCUUCGAUUUUACCAAAUUGAAAAUCUCUGGAAUAUAAUCAAGAGGAAGAUGGAUGAUCACAAGCCAUCAAACCACCAAACUGAACUGCUUGAAUUUUAAAAGCAUAAAGUUAACCAAAAGCAGUGUGUAAGACUGGUGGAGGAGGACAUGAUGACAAGAUGCAUGAAAAUUGUGAUUAAAAGCCAGGGUUAUUCCACCAAAUAUUGAUUUCUGAUCUCUUAAAACUGCUCUAAAUGACAAUAUUUUUAUUUGGAAUUUGGGAGAAAUGUUGUCUGUAGUUUAUAGAAUAAAACAACAAUGUUCAUUUUACUCAAACAUAAACCUAUAAAUAGCAAAACCAGAGAAACUGAUUCAGAAACUGAUACCUGAUAUUAGUAUUUAUAAUAAAUAUAUCUGUAAUAAUAAUUUUGUGGUAUAACUUUGAGAAAAUUUAUAUAAAUCUGUGAUUCUGACUAGAGUUUUUUGACUAGUGGUGUAUUUACAACCAACUAAAAAAGUACUUAACACUGGUUUGUAAUUUUGUAACUGAGACUAAAAAGGUUUUUGGGAAACAGGAGUAAAUGUUAAGAAAAAAGGUGUUUUUAAAGUUACAUUGAGUCAUUCGUAAAUGGCUAAGAUCAUUCGUAUUUGGGAAACGCACCCCAGAGUGCUAAUGGUGUACUAACACUGUAGUAGUGAUGUUAAACGAAGCCCAUAGCCAGAAUGCUAACGCCACUGUUACAGGAUGUUAGAUCUUAAUAACAUCCUGUUUUAGCAACAAAGCAAAUGGAAAAAGAAACCCUGCCAUGGCUUUAGUAAGUAUUUGGCCCUGCAGUGGAAAAGAGGCAAACACAGAGUUUGUGCAGGUCAGCACUGCAUUCUGGAAAGCGCUUGUGUUACACUGUAUUAAAUUAAAGAAUUAUAUUAAUUUUUCUGUUAAUUUAAAAUUUAUAUGAAAUAAAAUGUAUUUAAUGUAAACACA